AUGCUACGUAAGGUUUUCACAACAGAUAUACUCCGGGUCACAGUGUGUGUCAUCAAAUUCAGCAUUGUCAUCGCCCAGUUCCUGGUCACCUGCUUCGCCGAUGUCCAGCUGUACUCUUGUAACAGAUACAUACCCUGCCCUGAAGUGACCGCUUCUUUUAUUUCCAAAUUAACCUUUUCCUGGAUGACACGGUUAAUGAUCACUGGAUACAGACGACCUCUAGUGGCAGAUGACCUCUGGCCUUUGAACCCUCGUGACACCAGCGAGAACGCGAUUGGUCGUUUCUCUUGGGCCUGGCGAUUCUACAACAAAAGGAGAGG